GACCAAGUCGAGUGGACUGGAGACGUGCUCCUGAACCAUGUGCUCCGUUGGAAUGUUAACGAAGACCGUAAUUAUUGCAGUUGUGCUCCAAGCAAAAGGAAGAGAUUGCUUGGGCUGCAAAGGUGAUGAGAUCACUUGGCGUAGCGAUAAACCAGGAAAGAAAAGCACGUGUAUACCGUGUAUCGAUUGCCCGGACGGAACUGAGCCGUCGAUUCCUUGCGGAGGGACCGCCAAAUAUGGAACACACUUACAUUGUGAGGCAUGCAGGCAAGGAACCUAUUCGGACAAUUAUGGAAAAGGGCCCUGUAAGCCAUGCUCUCUAUGCUCCGUUGGACGUACAGUGACAAGGAACUGUUCUGCGACGAAGAACGCUCAGUGUGGCUCUUGUAAAUACGGCUAUUACCAAAAAGUUGUCAUCAUGAACCUGCUUUUCUAUUGCCUUCCGUGUUCUGUCUGCUGUGGGGACGGUAAAGAUAAGGUAGAGAAGCAGUGCACAGAUCAAGGGCUUCCAAGUCAACAACAUUGCAAAUUCAGAACCGCGCCCAGCUGUCAACUGUUGCGGACAACUUCAAAGAUCACAUCGAGCACUCCAUUUCUAGGAGCAAAUCAUACGGCAAAGAAAGGAACAAGCCCAAAGGGACAAUCAGAGGAAGCUUCUUCAGUUCCUUCAUCAAGAACACCGAAGCCGUAUGCAAGAACCACUGCCAUAACCGCAAAACGACAUGAAAAGUUAGCUGCUUCCCAGUAUGAAACAAGUUCAGCCUUAGAAGGAUUCCACGGCAAUAAAUCAAAGGGAUCUUUUUCCGAUAGAAGUGUCGAUAUUAAUAAUGGCAAUGGUAUUGUCGUUUCUCCUAUGUAUGGGAUUCCCGUUAUUUUCAUUGCAAUAAUUGUAAUUGUUCUUAAGCGGAACAAGCUUGCAAGCUUCUUUGAAAGGACGAGGUGUGGUCCUAUCCUGAGGUGUAGAGACGCUGAACUCGGUAAACAAAUAGAGAGUACUCCGUUGAAUGUUGUGCCAUUAGGAGUUCUGGUUUCCUUAAAAGAUUUGAAGUCCCUUUCACUUGACACAUAUACCAAAGUGUGGAAACGACUGGACAAACAGCCGGAGGGAAAGACCAGAGGUGACUUCAGAGAUGUGGCUGUGCGGUUUUUGUAUUUAGAAGAAGACAUUUGGGAACUGGAGAAAGAAUUUAAAUCAUGUGGCUCUGGAAGUCCUUCAAGACAGCUUUUAGAAGGUCUAGAAACUAGACGACCUGACCUUACUGUGUUGGAGUUUAUCAAAGUUCUUCGGGAACCAAAUAUACUGAGGAACGAUGUCGUUGAACUUUUGAAAGAUUACAUUCAUAGAUAAGUGAAUUUUUAGACAGAUAAGGUUCAUAUUGAAGAAAGGCGAAGAGUCGCGGCUAAUGGCAACAGUUCGAUUCCGGUUUAGUUUAUUACUUCUAUUGAAUUUGUAAUAUGAGCGAGAUCAAUUAGGAACGGGUCACGACCAAAUACAUUUCUCACUUUUACAAUUCUAAGGCGGCCAAAGCUCAUGACACGAAACUAGAUUGAGCGUCACUCUUACCGUUGCGAGAUGAGUUGUGUUGCAUGUAGCUUUGCAGGUUUUCUAUCGGGACAAUUUACACAGGGGCGGUUCUUUGUUGAUAAAAUGUUUUGC